GCCGCGGCAAUUUCACGGUAAAAACUCGAAAGACCAAAAUUUGGCGCCUAUUUUAUUUUGUAAAUAAUUGAAUUAGACCUUUUGAUGGGUUGACAGUGACACUCACAUUCUCUCUCUCUACGCACAACGGGUCUCAAUAUGCAGCGCCACACACAGAAAUCGAUACUUUCGUUUUUCCAGAAACCCUCGCCGGUGAACCAGAAAAAGGGGCCCGGCUACUCUCUCAAUGGAGGCGGAGGUCUUGAGUUUCAAGCGGAGCAGCCUCACCAAAAAUCGGUGAUGUUGAAUCAACCUCCGGUUCAGAAUGCGGUGGACUCAUCCUUGGAAAUUAGAGGGACGGAUACUCCGCCUGAGAAGGUGCCGCGUCAGAUUUUGCCAGCGGGCUUCGUCGUUAAUGAGGACUCUGGAGGAUCUUCUCUCUUCUCCAGCAUCAUGCAUAAGUUUGUCAAGGUUGACGAUAAGGAAAAACCUAAGCAAAGGAACCAGGUUCAUAGUAGUUCCUCAAACAUUUGCUUAGUGUCUGCUGACUUGACUAAGCCUGUAGAAUUUCCUAAAGAUGGUGGGACUACUCAACAUUUUAAGAAGGAUAAUGUAUCCAAUUCUAAUUGUAUGGUUGAUCAAGGAUCUAUCUUACCUACUGCAGUUGAUGAUGAUGCUUUUGGGUCUCACACACCUGGCUUGAGACCUCUAGUUCCUCGUUUGAAGCGGGAUAAGGAUGAUAGUGCUAUGUUUGAGGAUAAGAGUUAUCAUUCCUCUUUGGAUGCUACCAAAAGAGUAAAACUUCUUCGAGAUUCAACUGCUUUGAAUAAGAAGUGUGAGGAAAUAUCUGAUACAGCUAGCAAGUUUGAAUGGCUUGACCCUUCUCUGAUUAGAGACUCCAAUGGAAGAAGGCCAGGGGAUGCCCUUUAUGAUAAAAAGACCCUUCUUAUACCGCCUGAUUCUUUGAAGAAAAUGUCUGCAUCACAGAAACAAUAUUGGAGCAUCAAAUCACAAUACAUGGAUGUUGUCCUUUUCUUCAAAGUGGGAAAAUUCUACGAGCUCUAUGAGUUGGACGCUGAACUUGGUCACAAGGAGUUGGAUUGGAAAAUGACAUUUAGCGGGGUGGGGAAAUGUCGUCAGGUUGGUAUCUCAGAAAGUGGGAUUGAUGAGGCUGUUCAAAAACUGGUUGCUCGGGGAUAUAAAGUUGGCCGGAUAGAGCAGUUGGAGACGUCUGAUCAAGCAAAAGCAAGAGGAGCAAAUUCUGUGAUUUCAAGAAAAUUAGUUCAUGUGGUCACACCGUCAACCAUAGUAGAUGGUAAUAUUGGACCUGAUGCUGUUCAUCUUCUUGCACUAAAAGAGGAUAACCAAGGGCAAGAUAAUGGUUCGAAUGUAUUUGGGUUUGCGUUUGUUGACUGUGCUGCUUUACGAUUUUGGGUUGGUUCCAUUAAAGAUAAUGCUUCCUGCGCGGCUUUGGGGGCUUUACUGAUGCAGGUCUCACCUAAAGAAGUCAUAUAUGACAGUCGAGGCUUGUCCAAAGAAGCUCAGAAAGCACUGAGGAAGUACUCCGGGACUGGUUCUACAGCAUUGCAGCUGACACCUGUGUUGGCAGAUAAUGAUUUUGUCAAUGCCUAUGAAGUUAGAAAUACGAUUCAGUUAAGGGGUUAUUUCAAAGGGUCUUCUAUUCCAUUGAACAAUCAAUUAGAUGGUUUAGAGCAUCAUGAUAUUGCGUUUGGUGCUCUUGGUGGACUUAUUUGUCAUUUAUCCCGAUUGAUGUUAGAUGAUGUUUUACGAAAUGGAGAUAUUCUACCAUACCAAGUUUAUAGGGGAUGUCUCAGAAUGGAUGGACAGACAUUGGUAAAUCUUGAGAUCUUCAACAACAAUGCUGAUGGUGGUUCAUCAGGUACACUCUUCAAAUAUCUCGAUAGCUGUGUGAUGUCAUCUGGUAAACGGCUUUUGAGAAGCUGGAUCUCCCAUCCGCUGAAAGAUGUUGAUGGCAUUAAUAACAGGCUCAAUGUGGUUGAAGAUCUAAUGGCACAUUCUGAACUUAUGUUGGUUAUUUCUCAAUAUUUGCGUAAGGUUCCUGACAUAGAACGCUUGCUUGGGCGGGUUAAGGCCAGUGUUCAAGCGUCUUCUCAUUUACUUCCCAUGAUUGGCAAAAAAGUUUUGAAACAGCGAGUGAAAGUGUUUGGACUGCUCGUGAAAGGACUUCGAGUUGCAGUUGAUUUGCUGGUUCUGUUACAGAGUGAAGGAAAGUUGGUAUUGUCAUUGUCAAAAAAUUUUAAACUCCCUAAGCUUGAAGGUGAUGAUGGGCUUGAUAAACUCCUUAACCAAUUCAUAGCAGCCGUAGAUAGUGAUUUCUCCAAUUAUCAGAACCAUGAUGUAACAGAUUCAGAUGCUGAAACACUUUCUAUUCUCAUCGAAUUAUUUAUAGAAAAAGCUGCUCAAUGGUCUGAAGUCAUUCAUGCCAUCAAUUGUAUUGACGUAUUAAGAUCUUUCGCGUUCACUGCCAGUACAGCUUUGGGGGUCAUGUCCAGACCUGUUAUCUUACCUCAGUCUAAGACUUCUUUCAGCCUGGGGAGUCUAGGACCCCUACUUAAAAUUAAAGGGUUAUGGCAUCCAUUUGCCCUUGGGGAGAAUGGAGGAAUGCCCGUCUCCAAUGACUUAUGCCUUGGUGGGGAUUCAGAUGGCUAUAAUCCCCGUACGUUGCUAUUGACUGGUCCAAAUAUGGGAGGAAAGUCUACGCUUUUGCGUGCUACUUGCAUAGCUGUUAUACUGGCACAGCUUGGCUGUUUUGUGCCGUCUGAGAUAUGUGUGGUUUCGCUUGUAGAUAUCAUUUUCACACGGCUUGGUGCCACUGAUCGUAUCAUGACAGGAGAAAGUACAUUCCUUGUUGAAUGUACAGAAACUUCGUCUAUUCUUCAAAAUGCCACACAAGAUUCUCUUGUUCUUCUUGAUGAAUUGGGGCGAGGAACGAGCACAUUUGAUGGAUAUGCAAUUGCUUAUGCUGUAUUCCGCCACCUUGUUGAGAAGGUUGACUGUCGGUUGCUCUUUGCAACACACUACCACCCACUUACAAAAGAGUUUGCUUCUCAUCCUCAUGUCAUUAUGCAACACAUGUCUUGUGCUUUUAAGUCGAAACCUGAAGGCUUGUCCAAAGGUGAGCAAGAACUCAUUUUUCUAUACCGGCUUACAAAUGGAGCCUGCCCAGAGAGUUACGGAUUGCAAGUGGCACUCAUGGCUGGGAUCCCGAAACCGGUCGUUGAAGCUGCUUUGCAGGGUGGCCAGUUGAUGAAAAAAUCAAUUGGUGAAAGUUUUAGGUCAAGUGAACACAGGUCAGAGUUCUCAACUCUACAUGAAGGUUGGCUGAAGACCCUACUAAAUGUUUCCUUAGGUGGAGAUUGUAACUUUGAUGGAGAUGAUGAUGCUUAUGAUACAUUGUUUUGCUUGUGGCAUGAAGUAAAGAACAAAUAUAGACAUUGAGAAAUGUAUUUUCCCCUGCAGAAAAUAGUUGGACGAGUCUGGAAUAUUGAAAGGAUGGAUGUAACUAGGUUAUUUUAAUAAUUAUAAAAUCAGCAGAUCUGUCACCCCAGCAGCUUUGACAACAGUUAUAUUGUAGAUCUAUCAUACCUCAAAUGUGGUCAUUUUACUGCUACUUGACAUUUUAAAGGGAAGAAGUUUAUGAGAAAUAGCAAGAGUGGAACUGGGGAAGGUUUGUUU